CUAUUAAUCUCAUAUCUAAAAAAACAUUAUUAAAUAUUCAUUGUGUGGUGCAAUGAUUGUUUCGUUCAGAACGUUUUAGACAUGACUAUCACCAUAUCUAAAGAACUAUUCCAUGUGUUAUCUCCCGUUUUAUAUCUAAGUAGAUUUUUUUGCUUACAACCACUAAAAUGGACGAAAACUUCUGCCGGGAAUUACAUAAUUACGAAGUCGCGUUUUUAUACGAUUUAUACGUUAGCUGCAAGCUGUCUUUUAGUAAUAACAAGCAUCACUGGCUUAUCACAAGUGUAUCAAUUGGACGUAAUUUAUUUAGUUCGUCUUGGAGACACGACGCGACGUUUCGUCACUUAUUCAGACAUUGUGGUUGUUCUUUUGCCUUGUGUAAUAGGCCCGGUUUUUGCUUUAUUCAAAACCAACCAAACUAUCAACUAUUUAAGUCAUUUGAAACAAUUCGAUUCUCUCCAAAACCAACCAACAAAAUCAACAAAAAUUUUCCAAAUAACAGCACUGACAACAUUUUGCACUGCUUUUACUUUAAGCAUGGAUCUAUUUCUAUGGCUCAAGUUAAGUCAUAACUAUAUUUUUCUGCUUUGUCUGCCUUAUUACAUCUCGUAUUGGUCCACUGUGGUCAUAGAGUUGCUUUUCUGGCACUUUGUGCAUUUGAUUCAAAUUAGAAUCAGUGUGAUUAAUAAAAAGUUGGCAAAAAUGGUUGUGACUGGGUUAAACAGUGUCACCACAUUAAAAAAACCUCAUGCCGAAGUUGAGGAUUUAGUUAAAGGUUACGAAAAACUGAUCGAAGCCACAAAUUCGAUCAAUUAUUGUUACGGAUUUCCAAUUUUGGUUAUAAUUUUAGGUUGUUUGAUCCAUUUAUUAGUUACACCUUAUGGUCUCUAUUCCAUAAUAAUGAGCACAGGCGAUAGCACUUCAAUACUGUCACAAACAGUUUGGAUGACUGCUCAUAUUUUACGUUUAUUUUUGAUUAUAGAACCUUGUCAUGAAUGUUUCAUUAAGACGAAAGAAACAUCUCAACUGAUUUGCAAAUUACUCUGUCUGAGUGUAAACCAAGAAGUAAAAAAAUCAUUGGAAUUUUUUCUGACGUAUUUAGGAGAAUGUAAGAUUGAGUUUUCGGUUUAUGGUUUCACAAAAAUCAAUCGAGAGUUGUUAACUACGAUUGCUGGGGCUAUUACGACGUAUUUAGUCAUUUUGUUUCAGUUUAAAUAAAGUUGAUUGUCGUUUCAAGAAGAAAUCAGUAGGUACAAAUUAAUUGGUUGUUUUUAUCAAUUUUUAAAAAUAAAAUGUAAAUUGUUUUCUUCGGAA